GUGUUUUUGUCAGCUCGUCGAUACGCACGGUUGCACGCGCGCCCGCGCUCGUGUGGGUAGCACACAACCAAGUAUUUGGAGCGACCUUCCUAUCCAAAGUAGCUUCUCCGGAGGGUUCGUAGUCGGGUGAGGGUAGCCUGUGCCGGAAUGGCAGCGGAGAGCAUCGAGUCAGUUGGUGUAGAGACCUCACCAAGUGCACCCGCUUGCGUGUCUAAUGUCAGCCCGUCCCGACCUGUCAAUCCGCUCGACGUGUCGUCGGUAUACACGCGUUAUCCGAUAUUUUAUCCAUUUGCACUUCGACACGGGAGAUGUUAAAAUGUCGCGGCGAGACGCCGUGAGGCAAAUCGGCUCGUGAUACGACCGGACUGUUUGGCGAAAGUCUGGAGAACGCGACACCGCGCCGCACGCGCCGUGUCCUGUGCGGCGUUAUUUGUUCGCACGGGAUAAACAAAGCGACGGGAUUCGAUAUUUCACCGGGCCAAGUGUCUCCCAGCUGGUUCUCCUCAAAUGACGAACUUCGCGAUCGCUGACCGCCGUUGGAGCUGCCAGUCUUGACAAAGUUUGCUAGUUCCCUUCCUGGAUUUAUGUCUUUCCCACCUGCAAUGAUGUCGUACGAUUAUCCUCAUCCGGUCUCGAGAACGUACCAAUACAAGAAGAUAACAAAGCCGCUUUUGGAGAGGAAGAGGCGAGCGCGGAUAAACCGUUGUCUCGACGAACUCAAGGAUCUCAUGGUGGACGCGCUGGAGACCGAGGGCGAGAACAUCAGCAAGCUGGAGAAGGCGGAUAUCCUCGAGCUGACGGUGCGUCAUCUGCAGAAGCUGCAGGCCUCGCGGCCGUCCGGAUUAUCGGCGACGAUCGCGAGCGGCGACGAAAUUUCCGCGGAGACCCGCUGGCAAUCCGGCUUCGGGCAUUGCGCGGCGGAAGCCUGCAGAUUUCUCUCGUCGCUUCCAGGUGAAGCCGCGGAGGGGCUGGCGAGACACCUCGCAGCUGGCCUCCAAACGGGCCGGCAGACAAAUUCACCGCCGAAAGCCAACCUGUUAUCGCCUACCCUGGCCAAUCUGGAUCGCAUCGCCAACAUCGUGGCACCUUGUCCCGUCGGCACCUCUGGCAAAAUUGACUCGGCGAUCCUCUCCGCGAACACGUCGCCGAUAAGAUCCACGCCUCACGCCGAUAAAACCGUUGGCGGAGUCGCGCCGACGACGACGGUCUCCUCCACGCCGCGAUGCCGAGCCUCGAUGUCGCUCGUUAAUGGCGAUGAGAAAUUAACAGUGAAUUGCAGUGCCAAACCGAGGAGCCUGAGGGAUCAGCGAUCGCCGACGACGACAGCGACAACGGCGCCGAGGAACAAAACGAAUGAUCCGCAUGACAUUAACGCCGAUGACGAUGAAGAAAUCGACGUCGAGCGCGUGGACGAUCGCUAUCCGAUGUGGAGACCGUGGUAGCGCGCCAAGAUAUUUUGUAAUAAAAGAUCGAUGAUAAGCGUUCCUUAUACAGACUCGUCUGAGAGCUUAUCGUCAUUUAUUUUAUCUACAUGUGCUUUGACAUACAAAAAUGUGAAAGAGGCCGCCUGUAUGUUCCGACGAGAAGUAAAGAGCAUGGGACGCGAAAUUUAUUUUUCGGUUACUUACAGAUUUAUUUCGUUUGAAAGACUUAAUUAGAACGGACGGCAAAUCUCUGAAGAUAUAGUAUUAUGGGUAAAAUGUUGUUUAACAGACUGCUGCGAAAUUUCGAGAGAUGAAAAACGGGGGAAAAUUGUUGGAAACACAUACGUAUACGUACGUCAGAGAACGGUAGGAUUUUUAUUCAAGAUUAAGUUUAAAAGAUUUUGUUCCAGAUAAUUCUUUUAAAUUUAAUUUCUUUAAGUUACUUUUUUAUUUUUAAG